CCUUACAAUGGCUGGGCCGGCGCGAUCUCUCGCGGUCCUCUCCGUCGCCGCGGCGCUCGUGCCGCGCGCGACGCUGGCGCCGGCGACGCGCCGCGCCGCCGCGCGGCCCUUGGCGACCAUGGCCAUCUCGGCGCUCCUCUUCGACUGCGACGGCGUGUUGGCGGACACGGAGCCCGACGGCCACCGCGUGGCCUUCAACGCCGCCUUCAAGGAGAAGGGGUUCGCGGACGACUGGUCCGUGGACAAGUACGGCCAGCUCCUGGAGACGGGCGGCGGCAAGGAGCGCAUGACGGCCCACUGGGACGCGGCCGGCUGGCCCGCGGGCUACGCGGGCGGCGACGACCGACGGGCGCUCGUCAAGGAGCUCCACCUGCGCAAGACGGCGAUCUUCAACGAGCUCAUCGAGGCCGGGUCCAUCCCGCUGCGCGCGGGCGUGCUCCGCCUCAUCGACGAGGCCCUCGCGGACGGCGUCCCCGUGGGCGUGUGCUCGACGUCGUCCGAGCAGGCCGUGAGGAACCUCGUCCGCGUGCUCAUGGGCCGGGAGCGCUACGACGCGCUGCAGAUCUUCGCCGGCGACGUCGUCGCGAACAAGAAGCCCGCGCCCGACGUCUACCUGCUCGCGGCGACGACGAUGGGCCUCGAGCCCGCGCGGUGCGUCGUCAUCGAGGACUCGUCCAUCGGCCUCGCGGCCGCCAAGGCCGCGGGCAUGAAGUGCAUCAUCACCAAGUCGUCCUACGCGGACCGCGAGGACUUCACCAUCGCCGACGAGGUCGUCGACGACCUCGACGCGGGCGGCGUCGACCUCGGGAAGGCCAAGGCGCUCGCGGGAUGACCACCGCCCGAGACCUAAGCGCCGAACAGGG